CCGCAGCGGCGGCGGCACGCACCAUACGGCUCGCGCAACAACACGGCGAUGAGGAGCGGGCGGAGAGGGAUAGAGGAGUGCUGAGGGGGAGAGCCGCGGCAGCAGGGCAGCUAUUAAACAGCGCGCUCGCCCAUACAGACAUUAAAUACCCAAAGUUCCGCAAGGAGCCGAGACACCGUGCGAGCGAAAACACACACACGGCUUCAAUCCGGCAGUCGCAGAGAACACAGAGGGAAAACCCCAAGAAGAGAGCGAGGAUGUUGGUCCCCGCGGGAAGAUAAUGAAGAAGAGACUGCGCGUCGUGUCGCUGUGCCUCGCCGUAGCUCUCCUGCGCUGGUACCCCAGUCAUGUCCGCUGUUCAGAUGAGACCUCUGCUAGCCCGUUACUGCUUGCACAGGAUAGAAUCCCUGAGGCAAAGCAGGAGGAGGGGUCUGAAGACAAGCAAGCUGAAGAGGAAUGGCCGACUCCUGCCAAGUUGUCCUACGACGUGGGCCUGGAGGCAGAGAGGGCUUUGCUAGAACAGGUGUCGACACAGGACUGCAGAGAGGAUGAGGACAGAGACCAGACUGUGAAAAUGGCAGAGCCUGCUGUGCCAGCCAAGUCAGAACCAGUGACUGACUCUGAGCCAGAGCCACAACCUGAGUCUGAGCCAUCUGCCAGUCAAGACCAGACUCUGCUCACCGGAGCUGCCCCUGCUACCCCCGCUGCUGCCCCCGAGACCCCUGAGAUGGCUCCUGGCGACAUUCUGAGCACUCCUACCUCACACAUUACCACCCCCAGCACCCCUUCUAGUGCAAUAGGGGCUCCCAGUGCUGACUCCCCUGUAGACAGCUCAGUUGAUGCUGUGCAGUCAGCCCCUGACUGUGAGGUCACGGGCCGCCCCGUGGCACUCUCUCCCAGUGACCCCCCUCCCUUUGGCAGCAAGCUUGGCAGUCUGGUUGAAGAUCACAUAGAGAAUGCCUCCAGCACCCAGGGACACAGCAAGGGGACCAAGACAGAUCUCGACCUGCUAACUCAUGUGGACCAGAGUGUGCCAGAGCUGAAGCAUGGUGGGGUUACCUCCCACGUACCUGAGGAGGAUAACCCACCUCCUGAUGUACCUGUAGUCAAAGAGACGGACCCCUCAGUGCCCAGCAAAGAAGACAUCCCAACUUUUGAUGAGUGGAAGAAAAAGGUUAUGGAGGUUGAGAAAGAGAAAAGCCAGUCCCUGCAUACCACCUCCAGCGGAAGCUCACACACAGUGAAGAAGGUACAGAAGAACUUCAACAACUAUGCCUCUGUCGAGUGUGGGGCCAAAAUCUUGUCGGCCAACGCCGAGGCCAAGAGCACCUCUGCAAUUUUGAUGGAGAACAUGGAUCUUUACAUGUUAAACCCCUGUAGCACCAAGAUUUGGUUUGUCAUUGAACUGUGUGAACCUAUUCAAGUCAAACAGCUGGACAUCGCAAAUUUUGAACUCUUCUCUUCCACUCCCAAAGAUUUUUUGGUCUCCAUCAGUGACAGAUAUCCAACCAACAAGUGGAUCAAGCUGGGCACAUUCCAUGCCCGUGACGAGCGAACAGUGCAGAGCUUUCCUCUGGACGAACAGCUGUAUGCCAAAUAUGUGAAGAUGUUCAUCAAAUACAUAAAGGUUGAACUGAUUUCCCACUUUGGAUCUGAGCACUUUUGUCCCCUGAGUCUGAUCAGAGUGUUUGGUACCAGUAUGGUGGAGGAGUAUGAGGAGAUAGCAGAACCGCAGUAUGCCUCUGAGAGACUGGAAUACCUGGAUGAGGACUAUGAUUACCCACCUGGCUAUGUACCAAUGGAAGACAAAUCUUCUAAGAACCUCUUGGGAUCGGCAACAAAUGCCAUUCUGAACAUGGUCAACAACAUUGCUGCCAAUGUGCUGGGGGCAACACCAGAGCUUGAAAAAGGGGCAGAUGCAGAAGCCAACUUUUCCACUGAAGCGGAGAAUGUGACGAUCACGUCCACAGACUCUGCAUUGAGGUCCAGCCUGCCCUCCACCCCGAGCCCCGCCCCCUCCUCCCCUUCAGGUCAACUGGACACUUUGGGGUUGAGCCCUUCUGCAAAGGAAGAAGAAGUGAUGGCUGUCACAGAGUCCCCUGCUCCAGCACUCCCAGAAGAGAGCCGCAUUGUGACGUUGGUGCUGGAAGAUGAGGAGGAGCCCAGCCAGUCAACGGUCACCCUCCUGGAGGAGGAGGAGGAGGAGGAGUCAGAAGAAGAGCCAAAGGAGGAGCGGGGCCCUGACCUGCGGCAACAAGAGAGCCUCACACAGUGUGGUGGCCUAUUUGCCCUGUCCUGCGUUGCCACCCUGCAGGAGUUCCUGCACCGCUGCUGUUCUGUAGCUGUGGCUCGGCAACGUGCACGCAGUGGCCACCGGAAGGGACGGGAUUCUCAGGCCAGGAUCCACACUGUACCAGCACUGCCAAAUGCUCCCCCCUCACCGUCAAAGCAGGAGCUACCGUCACACAUGGAGAAAGACAUGGAAACGGGGCACUCUUUGCCGAAAGAGGAAGUGGUCAUCACAGUGGACUCAUCCUCUGUCCCGCUGUCCCCCCUCGCCAAGGACGUUGUGGGGCUUGCCCCUGAGCCAACCCUGCUUGAGCCAAGCCAGACAGCUUCCUUUCCCCAUUUCAGCAUCUUUGAAGCCAGUCUGCCUGUGGUCACACCCACAGAGCAAAUCCCAGAGACUUCUGGUGGAGCUGAUCUUGACACGAGUGCACGAUUAUUGAACGGUGUCCCCGAAACUCAGUUGGAUGGAAGAAGCCCUUCCACCAGCAGUGCCUCCAGCAGCACCCCUAGCUCUUUGGUGGAGCACCCCAGUUUGGUCUCCACACAGCCUGAUCCACAAUCCCACACAAUGCUGGAGCAUUCCUUUCAGUCCUUCCCUACAGCUACCCAGGUCUCUGAUGUCCUUAAUCCAUCUGAUCAUCCAGUCACCUUUCCUGAGACAGAUGCUGAUAAGCUAGCGUCAGAAGAGCCCCCCAGAGCUGGCCCUGUGGUGGAGCCCUCCGAGGCGCCAGUGCUCCACCUGGAGCCUAAAGUCGAGGAACCCAUGGAGGACAGUGUUCUGACACCGACCUCUGGCAGUGGCCCACUACCUCGUACUGCCACAGAUUUCUAUGCUGAGCUGCAGAACUCCUCUGAGCUAACCUACAGCAAUGGCAACGGCAACCAGGUACACGGCUCCAACCAGAAGGAAUCUGUCUUCAUGAGGCUCAAUAACCGCAUCAAAGCCUUGGAGAUGAAUAUGUCUCUUAGCAGUCGCUACCUAGAGGAGCUCAGCCAGAGGUAUCGAAAGCAGAUGGAGGAAAUGCAGCGGGCCUUUAACAAGACCAUUAUAAAGUUGCAGAAUACAUCCAGGAUUGCAGAGGAGCAGGAUCAGAGGCAGACUGAAUCCAUCCAAGCCUUGCAAAGUCAGCUGGAGAAUGUCACACAGCUGGUACUGAACUUGUCCCUCACAGUCAGCCAACUGCAGAAUGAGGUGUCAGACCGGCAGAGCUACUUGGUGGUGUCCCUGGUGCUGUGCCUGUCACUCAGCCUCCUAUUGUGCAUCCAGUGCUGCCGAGGCUCUGCCGCCCCUCCCCCAAACUCAAACUCUUCCCUCCCCAAGAGCAACCACUAUCCCAGUCCCAAGAGGUGCUUCUCUUCAUAUGACGACAUGAGUCUGAAGCGGAGAGUCUCAUGCCCUCUUGUGCGGUCCAAGUCAUUCCAGUUCCCCCCUUCAGAAGUAGGUCCAGAUGACUUGUACAUUGUAGAACCUCUAAGGUUUUCGCCCCAAAAAAAGAAGAAGCGAUGCAAGAUGAAGGGCGACAAGGUGGAGACACUGAAGCCUUCCGUCCCCGGGCUGCUAGUAGCUAACGGAGGGCCUAAGUGCAAUGGCACCCCACCGCCGCCGGGGGAGGCCUGCCCACCUCCCUCUAAGGACCCUACCUCCGAGGGUGGCUCCGAAGGCUCCUGUCACUCAGACGAGCCACUCUCCAGCAGCCAGCCUGCGCCCAUGACCCGGAUGGAGAAGAAGGCAUUCAAGCGCCGUCGCUCCCGGCUGAAUGAGCAGGGCCGGAGCACGCGGGAGCUGCUGCCAACUCUGGAGGACAUUAUGAAGGGAAGCAAAGAUAUGGGCAUCGGGACCUUUGGGGUGACAGCGGUUUCGGGCCAAGUCUGAUAUUUGCACCAUCACCACCCCCACUCGACCACCCUCUCUCUGUUGUUUUUCCUCUUCUGGCCCUCACCCUCACCUGAGUGGAAUCCCCUCCACUGACAGGGGGCAGAAAUGGGGAGGUGAACAGGACUUGCCGGCCAUGGCUUGGGGAUGGCUGAGAGAUCCUCCACUAUCAUGGCGGCAAGCACAGGACAGUGAUUCCCCUGACCUUACACAUGCGCUCUUGAAACCUCUUGUUUAUGUGCCUUUUGGUCCCUUUUAGAGCUUUGAUAGGUUGAAGAUCUUUUUUUCUUUUCAGGAGAGCAUUCUUAUAAAAAGAGGAAAAAAAUAAGAGGAGAUCAUUUUAGCGUGGUUGGAUUUUUUCUACAGGAUUAGCACAGUGUUUGGAUGGAAUAUGCAUAGCGUCUGGAGUCCUGCGCUACAGCUGGCGGUGAGCAGGAUGGGAGUCCAGACAGAGCAGGCAGGGAAGAGCCCGGAAGCCUUUCUGUGUUUUGGAGAUAUAUAAAGCUACUCAAAUUGGCAUGAAGUGUGCAGCAAGACAGGUCCAUUGUUUUCUUUGGUUUUCUCAUUUCAUUUCCUUUCCUUCAGUAUAACACUAAACUACCUUCUUUGUGGGACCAGUGUUUUUUUCGUGCAUUUAGAACCCAAACCUCUUAAAGCAACAAUGUGCAACGGGUGAUUGUGGAAGGGAGUAUAUACUGCCAUGCCCCUUACUAUAAUUUAGUCCUCCUUUAACCUGAAAGUGUUACCGAGCAUGUGACUCAUUCAUUCUGUAUGCUUCUUAAGCAAGUCAAGAAUGGCCCUGUAAUCAACACUCACAUCCUUAUGUGAAACAGGAUUUUAUUUCCUCACCACAUCUGAAAUCCAGCAAACCCAACUCAACAGUGGUGUGUGGGGGAGGGAAUGUUGCUUCGACUAGUUUGUGUGAAGACGUCACAGUCAACAGAAAGGUCCUUGCAGGUCUGGCUCUGCCAAUGGUUAUAUUUAUGUAUUUAUUUAUUUAAGUGUUGCGCAUGUCUCCCUGCCUGAGAUUUACUGUUGGGAAAUUCCUCCAAGAUCAUUUUUGUGUCCACUGUAAUGACCAGAAUAAUGGCACACAGCAUGGUACUGAAACACUGUUUUUGUCAAAUCUGUUUUUACCUUGAAAAUGGAGCUGUUGUUGCUUUAUACACAACUGCCGUGGAAUACAAGAUUUUACAGUAAAAAUUAGACUUGUAUGUGCCAGAAAGUAUUUGACACUUCUUGUACAUUUUCUGUCCCUGGCCCAUCAGGGGUUGCAAUUCACAGUGCAAGGACAAACUUGUUACAGCCCUUGGUUCCUUUGCGUUUCCUGAUAAGCUCUGUAGUUCAGCACAUUGGCAUUUGCACUCGUUUGGUUCCACUCGGCACAGCUUCCCUGAGUCCUGUAUCUUUGAAGCACUCCCAAAGUCCUUUCUCCUUUUUCCACUAGUCGCCUUGUUGAAAGAAGUCUGUCCUUUUGAAUAGUUUU